AUGCCAGUAUCAACACGGGACUAUCAACGCGAGAGACGUAAUUCACGCCUUGCUGCUGGUGCGCUCGUAGCAAUUACCGAAGGUUUAGAUCUAUUUGGUUCAGACCAUACUAGUUUAACUCGUACACCUCUCAAUGAUGUACAUCAUUCAUCGAAUGUGGCCGUAGAACUUAAUGCAAUUAGUAAGUUCGAUAGGCAAACAACACACAAUGGCUUUUCAAAAUCAAAAGCUUCUCUAUUCGGACGUUAUCACUGGAAAAUGAGUCACUACUUCUAUAUUCAUCUAUUAGCUUAUAUACUCAAUGGACUCUUCGGUGGUCUACUCAUUUUUCUCAUCGAAAACUACUCAUCAUCUCGCAACCCAUACAUGGACGUAGCAUACAUUGAUGCUUGGUUCACGACUGUUUCAACUAUAUGUAGUUGUGGUUUGACAACGAUAGAUUUCGCACAACUCUCUCAUGCUUCACAGUUGAUUAUGAUGGGUUUCGCAUUUAUAUCAGGUUUUGCGAUAAGUACACUACCAGCACUCAUCAUCAAAGCUCAAACUCAUAAAACGACUCAAGGCACCAAUGUUGACGAUGAUCAUGACAAAUAUGAUCCAGAAAAUGAUGACGAAUGUAACAUGUCACAUUUUCAGUCGGAUCUUAAUUUGCCACCACAUAUUCGUGCUGAAUUAUCCCGGUUACCUACACCAGUUCAAUUGCGUUACCGUGCCUAUAUCAUGUGUAUUAUUCUCAUAUUGAGUCUUUACUUCACUAUAUAUACAAGUGGAUUUAUUGCUAUCGGAACGUGGCUUGAAACACAUCGAAGUGCAAGAUAUUUAAUGCAAAACAAUGCUACUCUUAGUCCAUGGUAUAUAUCAGGUAUGCUGACUCUUUUCAGUUUCAAUCAAAAUGGUCUAACACCCUUCUCGACCAGUCUUGCACGCUAUGUCGAUGAUGUUUUUCUAAAUAUCAUUUUUGUUCUGCUAGUAAUGUCUGGUUCAUCUUUCUUUCCAAUUCUACUACGUAAUGUUGUUUUUCUAUCACGUCGACUUGUUCCUUGGCGUCACAAAGUAAUUUUCGAUUAUAUUCUCUUGAACAAUCAUCAUCUAUCUACAUUGUUGUAUCCCACACUUCAAACUCGUAUCUACUGUUGUGUCACGCUCAUACUCUAUUCGAUGAGUAUCGGUAUUUCGCUUCUAUUGGAUUUAAGCAGCAAAGACUUGCAGCAACAUAGUCCUGGUAUUCGUUUUAUCAUUUUUCUUUUUCAAACAGUCAAUUUAAGAUUUUGUGGUUUUCAAACAUUUGAUAUCAGUUUCUUUACAACAGCCACGUUGCUCGUCUACAUAUUAUUGAUGGCAACUAAACCACAAAUGUUAUGUGCUCUAGAUGAAUCACCUUUUGAAAUAUAUUGGCUAACGCUUGAAGCUCAAGCAGAAGUCGACGCUGAGACUAAUAAUAACCCAACAGAUAGAUCGGGUUCAAUUCCAAUGAUGUUAAAACGUGCAAUGUCGAUUACACCAACCACAAGUGCUGAGAUUUCUGUCUUGAAACAGAUGAAAGGUUUUCUACGCCGACAGAGUCUUGUCACCAAGGAACUUGCAAGGAAAGAAUUCUCCAGAACUAUGGAUGAUGAGAGGUACAGUCUUAAGCACUCGAAACGUAUUAAAGCUCUUCGUUUUCGUUUAUUUCUUAUUCACUUCAUCCGAGCACUCUUCAAACAUACUUUUGACUUUUUUGUAUUGACACGAACUUGGUUGUUUGUGUUUAUUUUUCUUAUUUGUGCUAUUGAAUAUCGUCGAAUGUCACCUGCCGAUCCUGAUAUUACACUUCUAAAAAUUAUCUUUGAGAUCAUAUCGGCUUUUGGUGGAGUCGGAAUGUCUCUCGGCUAUCCAGAUAAGACGACGAGCUUUGCUUCUGUUCUUUCCUCUAGAAGUAAGAUUAUACUGAUUGCGACGAUGCUUAUGGGUCGACAUCGUGGUUUGCUAGCAUCGAUGAAAGAUCAAGAAGUGAUUGAAUAUAGUGCUGCCAAUAUAUUGGCUCGUCGACGUGAAGAAUAUAUACUUCAAUAUCACAAGUCGGGAACACGUGAAGGUGUAGUAAAAGAAGCAAGUGAUGAUUUCAUCGCAGUACAUUUUUAG